AGAAGAAAAACAACGUUGAUACUCCGGCGGAGUGGGAUGGAUGAUACGCAGGGAUUUAGAAAUUAUUUAGAUAUGGUACACGUGGCAUAAAAGUAGUCAAACUAGACCGUCCACAUUACCGUGACCGUUCUAGACGUGUCAUAAACCAAAACUCAAGCAUGCUGAUUAUCUGAAUAUCGGACUGGACGGUUGAAAAUGUAAAGCAUCCAACGGUCCCAUACGUGUUCAUGUUCCUGCACACUUCCAUUCAUUUGAAUUUUAAAAUGGAGAGCUGCUGUACUUCUCUACUAAAUCCUCCCAAAUCCCCUACCUCCCUUCUUCACCUCCCAACCUUCUCCAAUUUCAACUUUCAAUGCAGAAAACCCUCCAAUCAUCUCUCUUUUCCGAAGCCAAAACCCACUUCAAAAACCACAAAAUCCAAUGCUUCCGAUCCUCGCCCAGAAAUCCCCGAUUGCAGAAUCCGAUCGAAAGAUGACGAGCUCAAAUGGGGAUUUGAUAAAACUAAAAACCAUUUCGAUAUUGUUUCUAAUUCAUCGACCGCAAAAGAGAGGUAUGCCCAACUCCUGCGACAGUUCGUUGAAUAUAAGAAGCUCGAUGAAGCUGGAGAUUUGUACUUUGUGAUGAAAGACAAUGGAUUAGAACCCGGGAUUGUUCUUGAAACGGUAUUGAUCGAUCUUUUCAUGAAAUCUGGCCAGGUAUCUGAUGCGUUCUAUGUGUUUGAGAGAAUGCCCGAGAGAAAUGUUGUUACUUGGACUUCAAUUAUUUCUGGUUGCGUUCAGAAUGGUCGUUGGGGAAUUGGGUUUUCUCUGUUUGUAGAAAUGCUCGAAUCCGGUGUUCUUCCCAAUGAUUUUACCUUUAAUGUCGUGCUUCAGGCUUGUGCUGACCCGGCCGUGGAUGAUGUUGGGAAACAAGUGCACUCUCUUGUUGUUAGAGUUGGACUCAAUGGUGAUUGCAGGAUUGAGAAUUGUUUGAUCGACUUCUAUUCGAAAUGUGGGUUGGUUGAUGAGGCUCAGAAGGUUUUUGUUAGAAUGCAGGAUCCUGAUUUAGUUUCUUUCACCUCCAUGAUUGCUGGUUUCUGCAAGAAUGACUUAUUUAAAUCAGCAGCUAGACUGUUUGAUCAGAUGCGGAGGUUGGGGUUAGAGCCAAAUGAACACACAGUCACUACCAUCUUGGCUGCUUGUGACCAUCAACUUGGCGAGCAGAUCCAUGCUUAUAUGAUUAAAACCUUGCUCCAUCAGAGUCUCUACUCUGCCAGUGCUUUGAUAGAGUUCUACUCAAAGAACAAUUCGGUUGAAAGAGCGGAAUUGAUUUUUGAAAAAUUAGAGGCUAGAAAUGUUGUCACAUGGAGCACAAUGAUCUCCUGUUGUCUUAGAAAUGGGUUAGUGAACAAAGCCAUGAAGUUGUUCUGUAAAAUGGCUUAUUUGGGGAUUGAACCAAAUGAGUUCACUCUGGCAACUGCUAUUGGGGCUUGUGGGUUAUGCUCUGGAUCCAUUAGUCUAGGACAGCAACUCCAUUGCUCAAUAAUUAAGCUGAACUUGGCAUCGGAUGAUCGCAUUUUCAAUGCUUUGCUCACCAUGUAUGCUAGAAACGGCAACAUUGAAGAACUUACAAAGGUGUUUGAGAGAAUCCAAGAUCCCGAUAUUGUUUCGUGGUGUGCAGCUAUAUCUGGUUAUUCCCAAAAUGGGUUCAGCGAGAAAUCUGUGAGUCUGCUUUGCCUAAUGCAUAGGACGGGAGCUAAACCCAAUGAGUACGGAUUCUCUAGUGCUCUAAGUUCUUGUGCUAGUCUUGCUUUAUUACAUCAGGGAAGACAGUUCCAUGGUUUUGCAUUGAAGCUAGGGUGUGAUUUUGAUGUUUGUGUGGGGAAUGCAUUAAUUAACAUGUAUGCUAAGUGUGGGAAUAUUGAUGAUGCAAGGUUCGCAUUUGAUGGCAUCCAUAGCCAUGAUGUCAUGUCAUGGAACACGUUGAUUCAUGGAUAUGCACAUCAUGGGCAUGGGAGGAAGGCGCUUCAAGUUUUUGAUGAGAUGUUGGAGUUGGGGUGCAUCUUUCCUGACCAUGCUACAUUUGUUGGGGUCUUGAGUGCCUGUAGUCAUGUGGGUUUUGUAGAGGAAGCAUUUAGGUACUUCAAGAUCAUGGACAGCCACUAUGGUAUUGCACCAUCCAUGUCGCACUAUGCAUGUUUGAUUGACGUGAUGGGUCGAGCUGGAAGGCUCGAUGAGGCAGCUCAGAUCAUCUGUCAGAUGCCAUUUGAACCAGACUCUUUGAUAUGGAAGACUCUGUUAGCUUCUUGUAGAGUGCAUAAGAAUUUAGAGCUAGGAAAGCUUGCAGCAGAGAGGGCCAUUGAAUUGUCACCACAGGAUGCUGCAAACUACGUCCUUCUUUCGAAUUUGCAUGCUACGUGUGAAGAAUGGGAGGAUGCAGAGAGGACGAGAAAAAUGAUGGAGGAGAAAGGGGUGAAGAAAGAUGCUGGUUGGAGUUGGAUUGAAAUUAGGAGUGAAGUCCAUUCCUUCAUUGCAAGGGAUCAAUCUCAUCCAAGAACACAAGCUAUCUAUAAGAAGUUGGACGAACUUGUAAUAGAAAUGAAAGAGGAAGGCUAUUGCCCUGACCUAAGCUUUGCGUUGCAAGACUCGUGACACCAGUAGAUGUUAUGGAGGGAGAAACACGAGCAGCUAAAGCCACCAUGCUUAAGCCAUGCUUAAGCCAUGUAGAUAUACAACAGAAGAACGGAAAACAGAAGCUAAGUUAUUGUCAGCUGUUACUUCUUUGAAAGCUUCCUCGGAAAGCUGAAGGUAUUGGGUUCUUCUAACUCCUCUUCUAUAAAAUGGGUGAGUUUGCAUCGACUCAAUCAAGUUGAAUCGGAAAAGGGAAAGGCUGCUUUUGAAGUUCAAACCAGAUAUACAAGGAACAUUUUGCUAGAAUCGGUAUUGAGUUCCAACUCUUCUACUUAUGGGCGAGCUUUUAUCGAAUCAGCCAAAUUGAAUUAGAAAAGGGAGAGGUUUCUUUCCAAGUUGAAACUGGAUAUCGAAGAGGAACAUGUCGCUCGAAUCAGGAAAUGAUUUUGGACUUACUUGAAGCCCUUGGUGUGAGGGAGCAACUCCACGUCUGCCAUCUCUUCUUUGGCAACUUGCUGCAAGUCGUCUUCAUUUUCAGGGAUGAAGAAGCGAUGAUCGAAGCCAUUCAUCAUCAAGUUCAAGCGCAUAAAGAAGUAUCAGUGUAGGGAUUAAGAAGUGCUGAUAGGAGCCAUUCAUCAUCAAGUUCGAGCACAUAGAGGAAUUUGUGCAUCAUUGGUUCAGCAUGGAUCAAGGUAUGCGACCAAUGUUGUCGAAUCGCAUAUGCGAUCAUGUGUGAUCGCAUAUGCCUAUGCGCAUAUGUGAUCGCAUUUUUUUUUUAAAUUUUUAAUUUUUUGAAAAAUUAUAUAUAUGGGAAAUUUUCAAAAAAUUGUAAAAAAAAUA